AUGGACUUGGGCGACGCGAGUCGAAACCCCACUCCCGAUGUCGACGAACACGACGCUCCCGCCGACAAAGAGUACCACGACGUGAUAGACUGUCCUCACUGCGACGCGAAAUUCAAAUUCACCGACGCACACGCCUGGCGCGACCACAUCCUCGAGCACAAACGCAAGCCCGAAACCAUCAUCAUCCGGAACCGACCCAUCCUCCUCUGCGACCUCCUCAACUGCAGCUACACGACCACCAACCCUAGCCACCUCAAGAGCCACAUGGAGAGACACAAAGUGAACCGCAAGCGCCUCCCCUGCCCGGUCGAGGGCUGCACGUACACGGCUUUCCGCAAGUGCGAGGUGACGCGACACCAGAAGAAGCACAAGAACCCGCAUUAUGUGUGGGAGGGCCAGGGGUCCUACCCAUGCGAAAUCAAGGGGUGUCCGUUUUGGACCUUUAGCAGAGCCGUGUUCGAGGAGCACAUGGUAGAGCAUGAAACGCUGCAGAGGGCAACUACGAGUACUGCGGAGAAUUUGGAUGCCGAUGCGCGUUCUCCAUCCGAUGCGAGCUCUCCAUCUGAGGCAUCUUCGACCCCGGCCGUCGAACAUCCCGAGGAUACCAACGCCAACAAGGACCCUAUGGACGGAGUGGAUGACUUCACACCUUCCUUUAGGCGCUCUUGGCCCUUCACCCCAAUCGCGAACACCACGAACACAGCCGGUCCAAUCUCUAGUCUUGGGAUCGCCGCUGCCAGAGCUGCCUCUACCCUGACCUCCCUUCCCUUCACCGACCAGGCCAUCAGCUGGUCCGAGGCAGAAAUCGCUGACUUCCUAUGCCUGCCUAUCGGUGCUCAGGAAGACGGCACCCAAGCCACCACCCCCGACGUCGACAUGAGCGACGAACAGCCCGAGCAACGCACCAUCCCAGAUCCCCGCCUCGUGAAACUCGCGGAAGCGCAUAAAGCCUUCGAAGCUGAGCUUGCCCGCCUGAAAGGCAUUGGGAGCGCCCAGGCGAGCGGCGUGGUGCAGGUUGAACAUGUCAUCGGCUCUGCCAUGAACUUGGACAAUGCCUUGGGACUUGUUUUCGACUCGAUCACUGCUGGGAACGCGUUCAAUGGCGCAUCUGGCAUGUGCGUCCCUGGCGCUGCGGAUGAAUCUCAGGCUUUCUUUGAGGAGAACCGCGAGAUUUGGAACCAGCUGUUCCCUGAUACGCCUUUAUAA